AAAAAAUCACCCCAUACCACAAGGUACUGGCACAACAUAUACCAGCACCAAUAACACUAGCUCUACCACCCGGCUGUAAAGCUGCCCAAUAUGUAUUUCCAUGCAAGGCAUAUAUCCGCCGCACACUGUUGCUUACUCAUAACAACACAACACAUCUCCAAACGCGAUAGGCCCGAAGAACCGACGAAAGAACGGGUUGCCCUCCCUUUUCAGCGAAGCACUGAGCAAGACCGAGUCAGUCAGUAAAAGACGGGAAAUGAUGAAGAUCAACAAGCUCGAGGAGAAAGAACAGUUCACCGCUUAGACACUGGUCUGAGCAGUAAUCUAUACUGUGAGCUGACCGCUCAAACUGAAGCCUUGUUCGAUCUCUACCCUCCAUGAUGCUGAUGGUUGGUUUCCAUGUUUCCACAUGUCGUUUCGCGGCACAACACCUGUUUACUGCCCAUCAACCCAAGAAUAUCUCUUGCCAAACACAAAACCCAAAAAAGAAAAAAAAGAAGGAAAAAAAGAAAAAAAAAAGAAAAAAGAAAGAUUCCUUUGACAACCCGAUCGAGAAAAAAAACACGAAAAACGGCCUUGCGUCAUGCCGCCGCACGGUUGACGAGGGAAUUGGGUUCGACACCUUUUAAUCUCCCCUGAGCCACCACACCGCCAACACAUCGUUAACAGCCGACUCCAAAGUGGAUUUUCCCCAGCUGGAAGCACGCAACGGAAGAGAGAGAAAAAAAAAAAGGAAAAAAAAAAGUCUCCAAAAAGGCGGGAUGAAAUGAGAUGAAAGAAAAAAACAUGUCACCGGAAUCGAGCCUAAACAGGGAUUUCUUUCUCGAUUCUCCAGCUUGAUUCGAUCUGCUGUCAGGCACGGAAGCUCACCCGUGCAAAAAGCUCAUUUCAUCCUGGUUCCCGCUCUGGGCCUAGCGCACUCAAUCUCCUCAGCUGCGGCUCCCAUUGGCCAACACGUGCUGUUCCUGACAGCAACCCCUGCGACAUGACCCUUACUGCCGAGAUGAGCCACACCAGGAACACACCAGGAACCGGAUCAAACAUGUCUCCUGAUUGGGCCGUCCUUGAGGCUAUCGAGAACCGCUCCCAUCCCCCCCAGAAAAAACGUGGAGACACAAACUCCUCCCCAACUCCAUUGUGGACAUCUCUCUCACCUCUUCUCAGUCCUCAACCUUGCACAACCUUGCACAUACAGGGCCGCAUCCACAUUCUCGUUCUGCAUCCAGAACGUCCUCUCCUUUUUUCGUCUCUCUUUUCUCUCUUUCCUUUUCCCGGCCCCUUGUCAAUCUUUUCGAUCUCGAUAUCGACGACGACAAGGUCGGUCGCCAGUCAAACACAUUCGCUACCAUCUCGGCCUGGCCUCACGCUCUUUUCUGCUAUGCGCCGCUGACAGAGAUAUCUGCGACCAUAUAAAACAGCCCACAGUUUGAAAAACAAGGAGCGGUGGAGACGAAGCCAUCCUAGGGGCAACACCGCAACUCGGGUCAACCUUGUGUCGUCUGAGAGACGCGACGAACACACGACUUCAGAUCUUCAACUCUUUCAACCAAACACACCACAACCAUGAAGCUCACAACUACGCUUCAGGCCGUCAUCGGCUCGGCCUCAUUUCUCUUCGCGGCCCAACCCGCUCUUGCAGGCCACGUCCACGGCGGCCACCGUCACGCACACGAGAGAUAUGCCAGGAGGCAGAACCACCACAGCCACAUGGCCGGGGAGGUCAUUGGUGCCUCCAGAAUCGCUGCGAGAAAGGCCCCAUGCUCCUUGCCAAAUGAUCCCGACCUCGUGCGCGUUCCCGGUGACGUUAACAACGGCUUUGCCAUGAGCCCUGAUGAGCCUUGCGAGGAUGGAAAGUGGUGCCCGAUUGCUUGCAGGUCCGGAAAGGUUAUGGCCCAGUGGAAGCCAAACACAAAAUAUACCUAUCCGGAAUCCAUGUAUGGCGGUCUGUACUGUGAUGGCGGCAAGCCCAUGAAGCCCUUCAAGGAGAAGCCAUACUGCGUUGAUGGCACUGGCGCCGUCAAAGCCGUCAACAAGUGCGGCAAGGUCGUGUCUUUCUGCCAGACCGUUCUUCCCGGCAACGAAGCCAUGAUCAUCCCAACAGAUGUCUCCGACACCAUGACCCUUUCCGUCCCAGAUGCCUCGUACUGGGCCCAAACCGCCGCUCAUUAUUAUGUAAACCCCCCAGGAGUUGAUGCCUCCAGGGGUUGCGUGUGGGGCAAGAUCACCGAGGCGAUCGGCAACUGGAGUCCUUACGUCGCCGGCGCCAACACCCAGAGCAGCGGAGAAACUUUUGUCAAGAUCGCCUGGAACCCCGAGUACAUGACCACCGACAACUCCAAGAACACGCCCACCUACGGCCUCAAGAUCGAAUGCCCCGACGGCGGCUGCAACGGUCUCCCCUGCGUCAUCGAUCCCACCAAGAGCGGAGUGGGUGGUGUGGAAAGCCCCAACACCGCCAGCGUCGAUGGCGGCGCCAACUUCUGCGUCGUGACCGUCCCCAAGGGCAAGACCGCCAACAUUGUCGUCUUUAACACCGACGGCUCGACUGGCGAGAAGCCCAAGCCCAAGGAGGAACCCAAGCCCAAGCCCAAGGAGGAGCCAAAGCCAACCCCCAAGCCAGAGCCAACCACCGUCGCCAAGGUCCCCAAGACGACCGCCGCUCCUCCAAGCAGCACCACCGAGGCCGCCUUCUCCAUCAAGAAGGUCAACCCAACAACCUCCAAGUCAUGGUCCUCCGAGUCCACCUCGGACCCCUACUUUAUGGGUGGUAUCUUCCUGGAAAGCACAGCCGUUGGUAAAACCAAGACCUACUCCGACAUCGAACCGACCGCCACUGCCGAGACCGUCACCACCACCGAAGCCGACGGAGCCGAUUCCAGAGCCGCCGCCGCCGCCGCUGCUGCUGCUGCUUCAACUUCCCCAAGCAACGAAGGGGGUGCUGCCGACCACGGCGGAAGCGCCAUUGCCGGCCUUGUCGUCGCCAUUGUUGCUGCUGCUGCCUUGCUUUAAAGCCGUCCUUCGACGACAUGUUUCUUUUCGCUCAACAAGCGACCCUAUUUUUUUUUUCCCUUUCGAUUCGAUUGAACAGAUACGACUUUCACCCCCUUCUUUUAAAGCCGACGAAGACGACCCUAAUCCGCCAGAUACAAAGCGCCUAAUGACUCGUCAGCUGAACUUGUACACACUUUUUUGUUCGAUUUUCUUCGCCAAAACACUUUACACCGGCGGCCUAGUGUCUAUUAUUCUUCUUUUUCACCGGAGGCGACCAACCAUCGACGACUGGUUCGAUACACUUUUUUUUUUUUUUUUGCUUUGUCGGCAUUCACUCUUGCCCGACGACAUUUCUUCGAAGAGAGUUCAGCGAGCGAAUAUUUGUUGAUAUUUCGACACACAUUUGGGUUGUUUUUUUUUUUCUUUCUUCUGCUAUUUGUUGAGCCAGAGUUUUUUUCUUGCGCGAUAUACCCCCAUUUUUUGUUUUUGCUUACUUACAAUGGUUGGGCCUGUUUUCGAGGUCAUUUUGCUUUUUUGCUUGCUGAAAGGAGUUGCUGUGGUUGUUUUUGUUAUUACGAAGUAGGGAAACAUGAUGCAUGGGAUGGUUGGUUGGUUGCUGGGU